AAGCUUUUCCAGUAGUACUUCCGACCUUGACGACCGUAUUUCCCGUGCUGCACCGCGGCCUCCUCUCUCUCUUCCGGUCCCUGGCGCUUCGGCAGCCGCGGGCUUCUGUGCGGAGAUGGCCAAGUCCAAGAACCACACCACGCACAACCAGUCCCGGAAAUGGCACAGAAAUGGCAUCAAGAAACCCCGGUCACAAAGAUACGAAUCUCUUAAGGGGGUAGACCCCAAGUUCCUAAGGAACAUGCGCUUUGCCAAGAAGCACAACAAGAAGGGCCUGAAGAAGAUGCAAGCAAACAACGCCAAGGCCAUGAGUGCCCGUGCUGAGGCCAUCAAGGCCCUGGUCAAGUCCAAGGAGCCCAGGCCCAAUAUCCCAAAGGGCUGCAGCCGCAAACUCAGUCGGCUUACCUACAUCGCUCACCCCAAGCUUGGGAAGCGCGCUCGUGCCCGCAUUGCCAAGGGGCUCAGGAUCUGCUCGCCAAAGGUCAAGGCCAAGGCCAAGGCCGAAACCAAGCCCCAGGCUGCAGGUGCAGCUGCAGCUCAGGCUCCCAAAGGUGCCCAGGCCGCUGCUCCCAAAGCAGCUCAGGCCCCCGCUCCCAAAGCGGCUCAGGCCCCCACGAAGGCUCCACAGUAGGACGGAAGGACUGGUGGGCCCCUGGCUGCAGUCUGCGAGGCGCUGCUGCCAUCCUGUGCUGUUUGUACAAAUAAACCUGCGGCAGGAUCUGUCUGUCA